AUGUUUAUUCAUGCCGGGCAAGAUGGCGGCGACUCGGGCGAUGUGUUAUUGCCAGUGGACAUAACCAGGCAUUUCAUUCUAAAUACUAAACCUAGUCCGACACAUUUAUUCACGCGGACGUGUCGUGCGAGUGUUUCCCGCGCUUUCGUCUUUUUGUUAUUUUUUUUUAUUUCGCGCGUUUCCACGUAUUUCUUCCUUACAAAAAAAAAGAAGAAAAUGUUCACGUUGUAGCUCGCUCGCUAACCGACCAGCUGGCUAACACAGAGCAGUCACCAGCUAGCUUCCACAGCCGAGCCGCCGUCAAGAGUAGAAUGGGCGAAAAGCUGGAGCUGAAGCUUAAAUCGCCGGUCGGAGCAGAACCCGCUGGCUACCCGUGGCCGUUACCAGUAUACGAUAAACACCAUGACGCUGCUCAUGAAAUCAUCGAGACCAUCCGGUGGGUGUGUGAGGAGAUCCCCGACCUCAAACUGGCCAUGGAAAACUACGUACUCAUUGACUACGACACCAAGAGCUUCGAGAGUAUGCAGAGACUUUGUGACAAGUACAACAGGGCCAUCGACAGCAUUCACCAGCUGUGGAAAGGGACCACGCAGCCCAUGAAGCUCAACAAGCGUCCUUCCAACGGGCUGCUGAGACACAUCCUGCAGCAGGUGUACAACCACUCGGUCACCGACCCGGAGAAGCUGAACAACUACGAGCCCUUCUCCCCCGAGGUGUACGGAGAGACCUCCUUCGACCUCGUGGCUCAGAUCAUUGACGAGAUGGAAAUGAUGGACGACGACACCUUUGUAGACCUCGGCAGUGGAGUUGGGCAGGUAGUGCUGCAGGUUGCUGCGGCAACCAACUGUAAACACUACUACGGUGUAGAGAAAGCAGACAUUCCAGCUACCUAUGCAGAGAGCAUGGAUAAAGAGUUUAAAAAGUGGAUGAAAUGGUACGGGAAGAGACACGGGGAGUACACACUGGAGAGAGGUGACUUUCUGUCUGAAGAAUGGAAGGACAGGAUCGCCAACACAAGUAUUAUUUUUGUGAAUAACUUUGCCUUUGGUCCAGAGGUAGAUCACCAGCUGAAGGAGCGCUUUGCUAACAUGAAGGAAGGUGGAAAAAUAGUAUCUUCCAAACCUUUUGCACCUUUGCAUUUUAGAAUUAACAGUCGAAACCUGAGUGACAUUGGCACAAUAAUGCGUGUGGUGGAGCUUUCUCCGCUGCGGGGCUCCGUGUCCUGGACCGGAAAGCCAGUUUCCUACUACCUGCAUACCAUAGACCGCACCAUACUUGAAAACUAUUUUGCUAGCCUCAAAAAUCCUAAACUCAGGGAGGAGCAGGAGGUAGCGAGGCGACGCCAGCAGAAGGAUACAAAGGAUAGUAAAAGCAAUAGCACCACGCCAACAAAACCUAAAGAACAAAGCCGGCAGGACUCCUGCGGCGAGGAGGAGCGUCCGCGCCUGGUGGCGGUGGUCAAGCCCCCGGCCAAACCCCGGCGAGCGCGACUCCUGCCCAAAGCUCGCAAGUUGAACAACAAGAAGCGCGGUCGACCCAAGAAAGCCGCCCCGGCCGCCGCUGAGAAGAAGAACAAGAAGAACCAGAGCGCGUUGGACCUGCUGCACGCCAAGACCCUUUCUGCCGCGCCACCUCAGGAUGCGUACCGCCCGCCUCAGAGUCCCUUCUACCAGCUGCCUCCCAAGACCCCCCACUACCCCUCGAGUCAACUGCUUCAGAGCCCGACUCCCCCCGGUCUGCAGCAGCUGCUUGACAACAUCAAAGUUCAAUACCUCCAGUUUAUGACCCACAUGAAGACUCCUCAGUACCGAUCCAACCUGCAGCAGCUCUUGGAGCAGGAGAAGCAAAAGCACCGGGAUCUGUCGGGGCAGGCGGAGCAGCUCCACUCUGUUUGUCAGUCCCACAAGGACCGGAUCAAAGGCCUCUUUCAGACCAAGCUAGAUGAGCUGGGAGUGAAAGCGCUGACGGUGGAGGACCUGCUGCAGGCCCAGAAAGAGAUAUCGGCCCACAAUCGUCAGCUGAAGGAGCAGACAAAGCAGCUUGAGAGGGACAUGGCCUUGUUGAGAGACCACAGCCUGCUGCUGCUGAAGUCUCGGUGUGAGGAGCUAAAGCUCGAUUGGGGCUCUCUGUGUCUGGAGAGCUUGCUGAAGGAGAAGCAGGCGCUUCGCAGGCAGAUCUCUGAGAAACAGAGACACUGUCUGGAGCUGCAGAUCAGCAUUGUGGAGCUGGAGAAAAGCCAAAGGCAGCAGGAGCUGCUUCAGCUCAAAUCCUACAGCCCCCGUGACGGCUCCCCGUACAGAAGGAGCCUGGAGUCCCGCUCCUCCGCCGACGUGGAUCCCUCUAAGCUGGGCCUGGCCCCGCCCCUCAACGGGGUCAGCAUGGAGCUGUCCAUCAACGGCACCGGCUCUCCGUGUUUCGACCGGGCCAACGCCAAGGCGGAGCUUCUCUCUCGCUACCUGCCCAUCUCUCCCGACCACGAGAUCGCACCGGGCGCCCCCGAUGCGCGCCAGAGGCAGCAGAGCUCCGCCUACGCUCUCCCCGACUACACGCGCUUCUCCCCCGCCAAGAUCGCCUUGCGGAGGCACCUCAACCAGGACCCAACUGCCUCUGCUCACUUGAGAGGCCCAGGGCUGACCACACACAGGGAAUUUGGAGGUGUCAGCUCUCCGCUUGGAGCCAAACUGAACUGCCCGUCUCCUAACGCAUCGGAUAUCCAGAAUAAAGCUUUCGAGAGGGCCGGUAAGGAGAGGAGUCCAUCUGUUCAGGGCGACAACAGCAUUACAAGCCUUCCAAUAAGUAUCCCCCUGAGCACAGUGCACCCGAGCAAACUGCCAGUCAGCAUCCCUCUGGCGAGCGUGGUGCUGCCCAGCCGGGUGGAGAAACUGAGAAGUACUCCGAGUCCUGUGUCUCAGGCAGGUCAGACCAAUGGAUAUUCAUCCAGCUCAGGACUGAUGAAUGGAGGUCCCCAUCCUGAGGACCAUAACGGUGCUUCUUCUUCCCCUUCACCGCAUCUCAACACUGCUUCGUCGGGACCAAUGGGCAGAGGAGGUCCCAUCCAGAGCCCGCCCCUCAGCACCGGAGGGGUGCUUCAGUAUGCAGACGGACCGCCGAGGAUUCCUCCCGAAGACGGACAGGAUCGCCACGGGGGAGAAUCGGACACGGAGCCCCAGGACAGCGAACUGCGGAGGAGAAUCUUCUUCUCUUCGUCCUCCUCUUCCUCUUCGUCUUCCUCCUCGUCAGGCAGCGGAGGCAGCUUGGCCGGAGGAUCCCGCCUCCACCAUCACACUGGCAACAAGCAGGGAUACCACAGUAACCACGGAAACCACCACCAUCACCAUCACUCCCCCGGCACGCAGCACACCCACGCGCCCACGCACACGCCGCCGCCGCACUCCGCUCAGGAGGGACGCAAGCGGGGGAGAAGGAAACGCAGCUCCACUGGAAACGCAGCCAGUGGAUCCCCGAAGAGGAGGUCCUUCCCCGGGCUCGGCUCCAACAACCCCUCCUCCGGGUCGCCACUCAACAUCAACACCAUGGUGAACAACAUCAACCAGCCUCUGGAGAUCUCAGCCAUCUCCUCCCCAGAACAGUCCAGCCGCAGCCCCGUGGGCGCCGACCUGGACCAGCCCCCCGUCCUGAAGAGAGAGCGGCCCCUGGAGCUCAACGGCUCGGGUCGUUACUCCUCGGCCCCCAGCUCCGACGACGAGGACUCGGGAUACCCGGCCGACGGCUCCAGUUCCCGAAUUGAAAGAAAAAUUGCCACCAUAUCCUUGGAGAGCAGAGAUGGACCUGGUCGACAUGGGGAAGGGGAAAGAGUCCGGAAAUCUGGCAGCAGCAGCGGUAACAGCACCGGCAGCGACGGCUCCUCUUCAUCCUCCCUGUCCUCCAACAGCAAGUGGAAAUCCACCUUUUCACCCAUUUCCGACCCCAAGCAGCCCAACUCUGACCCGAGACAGGGGGGCUCUCCGUUCGGCAUGGGGGGGUCGUGCCGGGGCACUGACUCAGACUCUGACCACAAACAGCAGCAUCAGCAGGCGAGGAAAGGAAGUGACGGCGAGUCGUCCAGCUACGUCAAUCCCAACCCCUUCCUCAGCCAGGACGCAGGGCCCCGCGGCGGGGGCGGGGGCCAGGGAGGCAGCGGCUCGGACCAACGCCAGGCCCUGCAGAAACAGAAGGCCCCCCGCGACUGGGAGAUGAAGACGAGCGGCAGCCUGGCCAGUCAGAACCUCUUCAUAUCAGCCGCCGCCAGCAGUGGUGGGGGCAUUCUGAGUGGCAAGGUGGGGGGCAGUCCCGCGAUGGUCUCCUCGAGCACGGGGUCCUCCGCGGGGCAGUUCCUGGGGUCGCAGUUCCCGCUCGGAGGGACCUCUGUCUUGCAGUCGUUGUUCGGGGCCCAGACGGGCGGGUCCACGGUGAGUGGCACCCCGAGGCUCGUCAACGGACACUCUGCCCUGGGGGGCUUCUCCAGCGCCGGGCUGGCAGGGGGAGCAGCUGGAGGUAUAUUUCACCACGUGGUCCCCGCAGUGUCCUCCCACCAGUUUGGGGUGACACUGCCCGCCUCUGGAGGCCUCGGCUCUCUGCUCGGUCUCUCCUCCUCCUCCUCCCCCCAAACCCAGCAGCACGGCUCCCCUCAGCCCGCCCCCACGCGCCUGUCAUCCUCGCCCCUCCCCGCCUCGCUGUCCCAGGCGCAGCACGGCCGCACCCAGUCGGUCCUGCAUAGCCCCUCCCAGGCCACGUCUCGCCCUGCACCCCCUCUGGCGCCGCACGGCGGCCCGUCCUCGGCGCCCCCGCACUUUGACGCCGGGCCGCCCCCCCGAUCGGACUCCCUGCUCCACUGCUCCCGCGUGUCCCACCACGCCUCUGUGCACCACCGGACAGCUCAGUCAUCCCUCUCGCUCUCCAACUCCCCCCUCUCCAUCUCAUCGUCGUCCUCUGCUUCUGUCUCUGCCGCCGCUACCGCUUCCCUCUCGUCCUCUCUGUCGACCCCCCCCUCGUCUCGCCCCUACGCCGUGCACUACUCCCCUCGGCCGCCCCCUCCUUCGCAGGCCGGCGGCUCAGGUGGUGGAGGGGGCAUGUGGAGGACUCAGGGCAUGCAUGGCACCUACACGACCUCCCAGCUCCCUGGCUCCCGACCUAGAUAGGGUUUGAGGGGGUGGUGGGAGGAGGGGGGGGUGCUGGGCGAAGGGCAAUCAGAAGGUGGAAAGAGGGAGGGAGAGAGAGAGAGAGAGAGAGAGACAGGAUGCCUGUUUGUCUUGUGCUCCGAACAAGCUGUUGUUAUGGUUGAACAAGGUGAGUAGAUUCCUCAGAAUUCAAGUAUUAAAAGCCGCCUGGGUGGCGAUGAUGAUGAAAGUGUCUGAUGAUGAUGAUGAAAGUGUCCGUAUUUUAGUGUUUGGGCCGCUUUGUUUUGUGCUGCAGUGUAGAAUCCAUAGAAACACUCAUUGUUUUUCUCUGACUUUUCAGGUAAUUGAUGAAAACUACCUCAAAAUGAAAUAAACUAUGCAAAUGUCCGGCUGUGGACGGAGGCGCUCUGCUCACUCACUGGUGCUUCACGAGGUCUGCACUACCCGACCGGCUUCUGUACUGGGACACACACACACACACAGACACAGGGCCACUAUAGUCGCCUUGAACAGCAUCCAUAGGUAGUGGUCAUGUUUAUGUGUUGGGUGCUAAAAUAUAUUGUUUAAAAGAUUUCACAAUGAUGAAAUCAGUGCUUGCUGCUGCUCAGCACUGAACGGAUGUCUGCUUUAAAUUAAAGGUGCUCUUGUCUUUUUGUCUCAGUCAAGAUCAAAACCGUCUGUUUUAAGGAUUUAAUGUGACAUUUGAUAACCGAUUUGAAGCACAUCGUCCGUCUCGUUGAUCUGAAUCUGGUCACCUUCCCUCCAAAGCCUCCCUUCACACGAGCGCGUGUUCGUGCACACACGGACCAGUUCUCUGAACUCGGCUACGCUGUCAUGCGAGCUACGCUGUCGCGUCUCUUUUCUUUCUUUCGGUGUAAUUAAAUAUUUGUUGGGUAUGUAACAGGAACGUUUGGUCUAACUUCACACUGGAUAAAAAGAUGCAGUUUGUCAUGGUGCAGAAGAUGUGUGAGGCCGGAUGGUGACACACUUCAAGCUCUGUGUACGUUGAUGGUUUCCAAUAUUUACAUGUUAAACUAAAUUGGUGAGUGGUCGAAACAUCUUAAAAAGCAAAAGAACUAAGUUCACGUUAUGAAAACACGUCUUCAGGGUUUCUCAACUAGUCUCAAAUAUUGAACAUAACGGUGAAAGUUUUAUUUACUCAAAAUGAUAUUUUUUUUGCAACAGCAACUAAGCAAAAUAAAUGUGAUUUCUCUAAAUUAAUUAACUUAAUAAUAUGGAAGUGGGUGUAUGUUUAAAGGCCGAACACAAUAACGUUCUGAUCUUUGCCUUAUUUUGACAAUAUGCUGAGUUAGCAGCCUUUCAAACGGGCCGAUGAUGCUGAGCCGACUGCUUUUUUUUUUUUUUUUUUAGAAAACAAACAACAUGAAAUGGUGCUAUAUCCUUAUUGUCAGCCACUUGAUGUAUUUAUUUACAUCUUCUUCCUCGGCCGAUUUGGUAAAUCACACUACUAUCUGGAAUACAGCUGAAAUACUUAACGCUGGAGUAUUUUACUCUUCUUAAGCUAAACUUAUUCGUAUUUAUCUCUGCUGCCAAAUCGUAAGAUGCGUGUGAGAUCACUGCAGAUUAUAGUUGAUACAAACACAAAUCCUCACAUUGAGAAGACAACAAACCACAAUUAACUACUGGACUCUCUUUACACCGACUUGUUUGCUUUUUUUUUUGUGUAAUUUUAAUUUUGUAAACUGUUUGUACUGUGAAUGUGAUUCAUUCUCCGACUGUAUAGUUGUGUAUAAUUUAGAUUAUAUUUAUGCCCUGUGUCUAUUA